AUGGAUUUGGUUGCAAGUGUACGCAAGGAAGGUAGCCGUGGUGGCCGCACCGAGUUCCAAUGGUCGGACGUUCAGAGCUCCACCCAUCGUGAGAACUACCUAGGUCACUCGGUGAUGGCCCCGGUAGGACGGUGGCAACAAGGCCGAGACCUGCAAUGGUACGCAAAGGGCAAUAUCGACGAUGAAGAAGAACGAGUCCGCCUGGAGCGUGAGGAACGACAACGAGUUAAGGAUGCCGAAGCGGAAGCAAUGGCAAUCGCUCUAGGACUCCCGGUACCAUUGAAACCCGACACAAAUGCGAAUAUGGUACCGCUGGGAGGAGGCGGCAAAAUGAUAGAGAGAGACAAUGACAAUGAUAAGGUCAUGACGGGUGUCGACAAGCCGGACAGAGAAUCACGGGGAAGCCGACGACACGGACGUAGUCGGAGUCCACGUCGGGAAAAGCGACGCGAACGCAGUCGCAGCCCUCGUCGGGAAAGGCGACACGAGCGCAGUCGCAGUCGCAGUCCUCGUCGGGAAAGGCGACGCGACCGCAGUGAUGACCGUGGUCGUGAUCGUGAUAGAGAGCGGAGACAUCGCAGAACUCAUCACUAUGAUGACCAGGAUCGAGGCCGUGAUCGCCAUAAGUAUCGCAGCCAUCGGCAUCGGUCUCGAUCACCUUCUCGAUCUGGCAGGGACCACAACCGUGAGAAGAGACGAUCCCGUUCGCGGUCUCGGACUCGCCAUGGCUACAAGGACAAAGAGCCCAUUCCACCACGUGGACGCAGCUUUUCGCCCAUUGAUCGCAAAUCUGAUCCCGAACGACGUGGGGAUCGAGAGGGUUCCGACCGACGAUAA